GCUGUGGUGGCCGACAUGGAUUUUCUCUUCAUCUGCCACUUUCUGCUGGCUCUGCUGCUGUCCCCGGGUAGCUUUGCAGACCUGGAAAAACAGAGGGUGGACUCUGGCUUGGAAAUCUAUAAGAAGCUGUUUGAGGUGAAGCGCAAGGACCAGAUGAACGCACUGAAGAACCUGAUCGAACUCAAUGAUGUCAACCAGCAGUACAAGAUCAUUGACAUCAUGCUUAAGGGACUCUUCAAAGUGAGCCAUAGCACGGGCCAGCUUGGUGUGCCAUGGGUCUGAGGAGGGUGGGCAGAAGCAGGGAGGGCCAAGAGGUCAAAGAGAAGAGCUGGGUGGGCAGGUGGGUUGUAGGACCUGAAGGGAGGAUGCUGUGGAGUGGCAAAGCAGAGCGGCUGGGUACAGGGAAGGGUCAGCAGGAUGGGCCAGUAACCAAGGGCUCUGGCAGGUGCUGGAGGACUCCCGGGCUGUGCUCAUCGCUGCUGAUGUGCCUCCUGACGGGCCUUUCCCUCAGGACGAGAAGAUAAAGGAUGGUAGGUCCUCUCUGGUCCUUAUCCCCCUCCCUU